AUGCUGGCCCAGGGCCUGUCCACCGACAAGAUCGCGCGGGAGAUCCGCGUGAUGCGCCUGCUCAGUCAGGGCCACCACCCCCACGUCAUCCGCUUCUACGAGGCCAUGGCCACCCACGCCCACACCUACAUCGUCAUGGAGCUCGCCGAGUCCGGCCAGCUCCACGACCACGUCGUCCUCCAGGGGAGGCUGCCCGAGGAGCAGGCCCGCACCAUCUUCCGCCAGCUGGCCGCCGCCGUGCUCUUCUGCCACCGCAACAUGGUCACGCACCGGGACCUCAAGAUGGAGAACGUCCUGCUCAUGAUGUUGCCUGACAACAUCAUCGUCAAGGUCGUCGACUUCGGCUUCAGCAAGGUCUACACGGACGACAAGCCCAUGCGCAAGAAGAUGGGGAGCCGCUUGUACGCGGCGCCCGAGCUGUUCGGCGGCGACACCAGCUGCUACGAGGGGCCCCAGGUCGACGUCUGGAGCUGCGGCGUCAUCCUCUACGGCAUGCUCUGCGGCGGACUGCCCUUCGACGGCGACGACGACAUCUCCGAGCUCGCCAGGAACGUCAGGCGCGGCGAGUACAGGGUGCCGUCCUGGGUGUCGGACGACGCGCGAGACCUCAUCGUGGGGAUGCUCAUCGUCAGGCCCAGCAAGCGGAUGACCAUGGCCGAGGUCAUGGCGCACCACUGGCUUCGGCCGGCGGACAUGCCUGCGUACCUGGCGAUGCGACCACCGGACGCAGCAUCCAUGGUGCAGGUCGGCGUCGACGCGGCAGCCGUCGAGCAGCUGGUGACGGGCCACGGCUUCGACAGGAGCACCCUGCUGGAGUCUCUGCGCCGGCAACACCACCAGCAGCACCAGGAGGACGAGGAGGCGGUCGCGUACCAGCUGGUCCUCGCCAGCAUGUCCGACGCGGACACCCGGUACCUGUCCAUGCGCCCCCCGCCGCCACAGCAGCGGCACCGGCAACCGCAGUGGGCGCUCGGAGGCCUGCUGGACGGCGGCGUGCUCCUCCACGACUGCCCGCGCCUGACCAUGCAGCGCAUCGCCGCCACGCUGGAGGAGCUGGGCAUACCCAUUGUCUCCUACCAUAGACGCCGCCAUCGGAUCAGGUGCCGCGCUGACGUCGUCGUCCCCGGCCCCGCAGCAGCCGACGGCGUGGAGAUGAACAACGACAUACUUGACAGCUUGUCGGCCGCAGUAUUCUUCGAGAUUCAGGUGUACAAGACCACAGGGGAAUUCCAACAAGGCACCGCCAAUGAUAAUGAUAAUGAUAAUUCACAACAAGAACAAGAUGAAGGAGAAGGAGGACAUGGACAUCCACAUCCUCAGUACUUGGUGCAUCUGAACAGGACAUCAGGGCCGCAGCUUCCCUACCUCAGCAUCUGCUCCCAGUUAUCAUCCAGGCUCAGACGACAACACAACAACAUCUAG